AUGGCUUUGAUCAAGAGCAACACCGUCUUCACUUCUUUGCUGAUUCUCGUGGCUCUCUUUGGAGUUGCCGUAGGAGGAACGGUUCACAAAGUCGGCGACUCAAGCGGCUGGACUAUAAUGGGCGCCAAUUACGAAUCUUGGGCUUCUUCGAGAACUUUUCAAGUCGGAGACUCUUUGGUCUUCGAAUACAACAAGGAUUUCCACGACGUCACUCAAGUCUCCCACAAUGAUUUCGAGCUGUGUGAAUCGUCUAAACCGUUAGCGAAAUACCAAACCGGCUCGGAUACGAUCAGUCUAACCAAACCGGGACUUCAAAACUUCAUAUGCGGGGUUCCUGGUCACUGCGACAUAGGACAAAAGCUUCAAAUACUCGUCCUACCGGCCUCGUUGGGUCCCGUUGCAGCUCCACUUCCCGCACCAGUCCGAUCACCAACUACUUCGUUGUCUCCUUCACCGGUUGUGAAUGCUCCACAGUGUCAGAUGGGACCAUCACCAGCACCACAUAGCGCAGCUUCAACCUCUAGCGUUUGGAACGGAUUCAGCUUCCUUGUGCUUUCUCUUUUCAUCUUAGUUUGA